GCUGCGCAGGGAGCGAGCCCUGGAGCGGGACGGGGCCACGGCGACGGCUGCUGCCGCUGCUGCGGUGACGGUGCUGGCUCCCCCCACGGACCUGGCGGCCGCCCUUGUGGAUCGCCUCGUCAGCCUCGGCAGGGCGCUGCUGCUGCACCACAGGGCUGACGUCGCCCGUGGCCGCCACAUGCAUCGAUUGGGCGAUGCACUGCGAGCGGUGGCCAAGACGCUCGACGUGGACACAGACUUCGUGCACAGAGGCAUGGAGAUCAAGAGCGACGGCGACAAAGCGAGGCACCAGCCGCUUCUUGCAGCGACGCCUUCGGCUGCAGUGGAUUGCGUGGUCGAGAUGUGCGUAGCUGAUGUUGUGGCGAGCACAGUCAAUGUGGAUACGGCUGUGCUGCCACACGGGAGUGUGCUGCGGGCGGAGGCGCAUGUGUUCGUCCCCCUCGGCCUCCUCGGCGCAAUCGCGCCCGACUACUGCGAGGACCAGGUGCCAAUCCAGCUGGAUACGGUCGCGCCCUUCGUCCAAGAGGGCCAGGCGACCGAGUGCGAGACGGGAUUCCAUGAGGAGUCCUGCGACGACGCGGAGCUCGACGUGACCAUCGAGGAGGGCGGCGAUGCCACGGCCUGCACGGCCGAGCCACCGCCGCCGGCAGCCGCGUGCAGUGCUGCGGUCGCCGACUAUCUGACAGCCCACCCCGCGGCAGCCCUUAGCGGGGGCUACUGCGCUGGUGAGGCGCAGUCUUCGGUAGACGGCAGGAUGGGCCCUGGGCACGUCGGCGACGACCACACGGGGUCUCAGGAGUUCGCCGACGGGGACGCCCACCUCAAGCGCGCUGCGGCCAGGCUGGCUGACACUGUGGCCGAGGCCGCGCGCUUGGCGCGCGCCGCGGCGGUGUCCUCCCGCCCUGCCCUGGGGUCAGAGGGCCCUGCGGCCACAUGGCCACUGCUGGAGCGGCAAGAUCGCCAGGCUGACGCGGUGCUGGCGGCCAAGAUCGGCGACCACACGGAGUUCAAGCAGGAUUUCAAAGAUGUGGUCACCGACGCCAAUGAGACGUGCUGGCAAGAAAUGGUCGAGGUCAUCCGUGGCCGUGCCGUUUCGACGACCUUGCCAGACGGCUCGCGCAGGACAUACCAGCAGCCCCGCGGGAUGCGCCACGCGGCGCUGCGCUGGCGCCUGCAGUGCCUUGACGACCAGAACGUCGAGGCCGAGCGGCGCCCGCCUAGCUGGCUGCUCCCGCGCACCUUGCCUCCACCGCUGCUGGACACCACGAUCCUCAAGCAUGGCGGGCAUCGUCGCGACCGACGCGCUACUGCUGCUCUGCGGGAUCGCGCCCGCCAGCUACAGUCCUUCGAGAAGGAGGACAGCGACGAGAGCGAGAGCGGGGAGAGCGCUGACGACCCUCUGUACGAGCACUUCGGCCCACGUGCGGUGGGCAAUCCAUCGAGAUGGAGGUGA